GCUCUACUGCGUUUUGCAGCGGUCAGUUUGAAGAGCUUCAAACGACGAUAUUAAUUAAAUGCUAUUUUUGUCUCUCUUGUUGCCUCGUGUUAAACCAGCGCGGUCGAUUUCGAAGCUUUUCCUUCAUUUUUGUUUGUAGUCGAGUGAAAGUGAUCGAGCUAGAGCAGCGGCGACCGCUUAAAAGGGCAACGGCAGGACGGCGGCGGUGGGGCCCGCAGUCCGCGGACGGGGUGAACUAGUGACCUGGUGGCCCGGUACAGACUAAAGUUGGUUAAUCUGACACGACGUUUCACACUCAUUUCCGCUGAUAUUUGAUCUGCUGCUUUUGGACCAAACUUGGAGCCCCUGCUAUGGCGUCUGCUACAGAUGCUCUGCGCAGGCAGAGGCGGAGGGAGCUGGACGCCAGGAGGAGCAAAUCUAGGAUACGGCUCGGCUCGUGUCUGGAGAGCUGGGGGCAGCUGAAGGAAACGCUGGGCUUCUAUCUCCACUCGGAGCUCGCACAGUAUCUGCUGGACAGCUACUUCUCCAAAGUGUGCAGCAGGUGUUCAGGUGAGGGGAAGGGAGUUAACCCAGAGACAUUUUUCACCACAGCAGCUUCUAUCCAACAGCUGGUGCUACUGGUCCACAGCCACAGUCAGCAGUGCCCAUUGCCACCAAGCCUGCAGCCUGGAGGAGACCCCACAGCCAUACAGACAGACCCUAAAGGCUCCAAACAGGUGGGCUCUAAAACUUCCACAGAGGAAAGACGUAAGGAUUCCACACAGGCAGAUCCUAAAGCCAUCAUACAGGCAGAUCCUAAUAUCUUCAUACAGCCUGACCCUAAAGCCUCUGUACAUGCAGACAAUAGAGCCUCCAUGCAGGCUGACCCUAAAGCCUCCAAUGAGGCAGAGCGUAAUGACUCUAUACAGGCAGGCAACGACAACUCCAUACAGGCAGACCCUCAUAUCUCUGUACAAGCUGACCCCAAUGCCUCCAUACAGGCUGACCCAAAAGCCUCCAUACAGGCUGACCCAAAAGCCUCCAUACAGGCUGACUCAACAGCCUCUAUACAGUCUGACCCUAAAGCCUCCAUAAAGGCUGACCCAAAAGCUUCCAUACAGGCUGACCCAAAAGCUUCCAUACAGGCUGACCCAAAAGCUUCCAUACAGGCUGACUCAGCAGCCUCUAUACAGUCUGACCCUACAGCCUCCAUAAAGCCUGACCCUAAAGCCUCCAUACAGGCUGACCCUAAAGCUUCCAUACAGACUGACUUUAAAGCCUCCAUACAGGCUGACCCUAAAAAAUCCACACAGGCUGCCCCUAAUGCAUCUGCACAGGUGCAGAUGUGUUUGAAGUAUGUCUGCAGAGGGGGACAUGUGUUCACGUGGUAUCCAAUGCAGGCAGAGUUGGAAGUGGAGGAUGCAGAGGGAGGUGAAGGGAGACGAGUGGGAGAACAAGAAGAUGCUGCUUAUUCAGGACAGAAGGGCAUCAUAAAGCGAGGUAAGAGAGGAGUGAAAGACGAUAAAAUUGGACAUAGGAAUCACAUGACAGCAUCUGGUGUGAGGACGAGGAGCAGCAGUGGGCCGAAAUAUGUCUCUACUGAAAGCACUGUAGCAUCCAAAGAGAAGGAGGGGCCGGAGUGCAUCGUCCCAGACUGCUCUGGAGACGAUGAAGAACCAGAACAGCCUGAUCAAAGUGUGGCUUCACCGACAGGAAGUGAUGCAGCGCCCGCUGUUCUGUCCCCAAAGUGCUGCGCACCUCUUAGCCUCAAUAAGAUGGACACUGAUGACUGUGAAAACCCAGAAAGUGAAAGUGCGGUACCAACUACAUCCAAGAGGGGGAGACAAAGGAGAGCAGAUCCAUCUGAAAACAUCAAAGCGGUCAACUUGAGGUCAGAGAGGAGAAAAGGGAACAGACAACAGUCAGUAAAAGAUGAGGUGUCACAGAUUUGCAGCAAGAGAAAAAGAAAAGCAGCUCCAAAACUCGUCUUGCCCUGCGAGUUCAGUGGCUGCUGGAAAAUCUUUUCCAGUCGUCAGUAUCUCAACCACCACAUGAAGUACCAGCACUUUCAGCAGAAAACCUUUACCUGCUCACACCCCUCCUGCGGAAAAUCGUUCAACUUUAAGAAGCACCUCAAAGAACAUGAGAAGCUGCACAGCGAUCAGAAGGAUUACAUCUGUGAGUUCUGCGCUCGCGCAUUUCGAACCAGCAGCAACCUGAGCAUCCACCGCAGGAUCCACACGGGGGAGAAACCGCUGCAGUGCGAAGUGUGUGGCUUCACCUGCCGACAGAAGGCCUCUCUGAACUGGCACAUGCGGAAACACGACGCUGAGAGCGGCUACCAGUUCCCAUGUGAGAUCUGCGGCCGGCGCUUUGAGAAAAGGGACAACGUUACAGCGCAUCGGAGCAAGAGUCACCCAGAACACCUCACCGCCAGUGUGGGCACAAACGCCCUAAAACCUGCAGGACAGGAGGGAGAUACCCUCAGCCUUUCUGAAAACCUCUGACACACCUCUGACACACCAGUACACACAAGUGAACACACACACACUAGGGGGCAGUGAGCACACUUGCCCGGAGCGUUGGCCAGCCCUAUCCACGGCACCCGGGGAGCAGUUGGGGGUCAGGUGUCUUGCACAAGGGCACUUGAGUCAUGUGCUGUCGGCUCAGGGGAUCGAACCAGCGACCUUCCGGUUUUUUGCACUGGAGCUACUAGGCCAGGCGUGUCAGAGGCCCCCAGGCAUGGGGACCUUCUAAGACCAAAAUGUUGAGAUCAUAAAGGUCUUGCUAGCUGAUGAGCUGAUUCAGGUGUGUUUGAUGAAGUCUGCAGUGUUUUUACCCGCGAAGACUGGAGCCUGACACGUGUACUAGGCUAAUGUAUAGUACUGUGAAUAUGUCAGUGACAACCUUUCAUUCAUAUCAUUUCCCAUCAAAACAGGUUUGAAGUACAAGUUAUUCAUUUUUCAGCAUCAAGACAAAAGCAGAAAAUUGCACAAAAGCAUCAGUAUGUACUUUAUUUCUGUGUUUAGUGUAGAGGUCACUAAUAGGCGGACCGCGGUCUGAGUCCGAGUCCGGACCCAGACGCGGUCCUAUGCGGAUCUAGACGUAUAACCGAUAAACGGUUUAAGCCUUUACGGUUUCGCUUUAGCAUCCCGGGUGACUCACAGACCAAUCCUAUGCGGUGUAAAUAUCACGCGUGGCACUGCUCAGCCAAUCAGAUCUGUGCGUUACGAUGAGCACUGAGACUCGAGUGAGUGACGCACACAAAGCAGAGGGGCGAGGCGAGAAACAGCAGUCAGAGAAGAAAGUCAGAGAGAAGUUAUAUUACAUGAUGUUCUCUAAUAAGAGAAAACGAACAAAUACUGUUGAAAUUUGACUGAAUUGGACUUUGAUUUGACAUUCAGUUGUUGACUGUAUAAGAUGUUGAUAUUCCUACUAGGCUACUUCAGUAAACAGUAUAUGGCACUGAAUCAUGAUGCAAGUUAGACAUUAUGAUGUUUCGGGCCUUUGCUUUAGGACGUUUUCUCUAACUGGACCUUAUUGAGUUUUAAUUGAAUAGCCCUGAUUUAGUGUGUCCACUCUUCAGUGGCGUCUCUGACACAGAAAGUCUGUAGAAGCAACAGCCGACUCCUCAAUGAAACUGCACAGAUACCUGAUCCAAACGCACUGCAUCAAUGAAAUCACAUUCCCAAAUAAACGUAACGGUGCAGUAGUCGGUGGAAGUGGAAACAACAUUAGAUCUGGUUGUACAGCAUCGCAUUACAAACCCAAAGUGAUCUAGUAGUUUACGAUCAACGUGGCCAGGCAUGAGCUAGAGGGGUAUACAGGUCCUUCUCAAAAAAUUAGCAUAUUGUGAUAAAGUUCAUUAUUCUCUGUAAUGUACUGAUAAACAUUAGACUUUCAUAUAUUUUAGAUUCAUUACACACAACUGAAGUUGUUCAAGCCUUUUAUUUUUUUAAUGAUGAUUUUGGCAAAAAAGUAAAGAAAAAACAAAAAUCCCCAUCUCAAAAAAUUAGCAUAUUUCAUCCGACCAAUAAAAGAAAAGUGUUUUUAAUACAAAAAAAGUCAACCUUCAAAUAAUUAUGUUCAGUUAUGCACUCAAUACUUGGUCGGGAAUCCUUUUGCAGAAAUGACUGCUUCAAUGCGGCGUGGCAUGGAGACAAUCAGCCUGUGGCACUGCUGAGGUGUUAUGGAGGCCCAGGAUGCUUCGAAAGUGGCCUUAAGCUCAUCCAGAGUGUUGGGUCUUGCAUCUCUCAACUUUCUCUUCACAAUAUCCCACAGAUUCUCUAUGGGGUUCAGGUCAGGAGAGUUGGCAGGCCAAUUAAGCACAGUAAUACCAUGGUCAGUAAACCAUUUACCAGUGGUUUUGGCACUGUGAGCAGGUGCCAGGUCGUGCUGAAAAAUGAAAUCUUCAUCUCCAUAAAGCUUUUCAGCAGAUGGAAGCAUGAAGUGCUUCAAAAUCUCCUGAUAGCUAGCUGCAUUGACCCUGGCCUUGAUAAAACACAGUGGACCAACACCAGCAGCUGACAUGGCACCCCAGACCAUCACUGACUGUGGGUACUUGACACUGGACUUCAGGCAUUUUGGCAUUUCCUUCUCCCCAGUCUUCCUCCAGACUCUGGCACCUUGAUUUCCGAAUGAGAUGCAAAAUUUGCUUUCAUCCGAAAAAAGUACUUUGGACCACUGAGCAACAGUCCAGAGCUGCUUCUCUGUAGCCCAGGUCAGGCGCUUCUGCCGCUGUUUCUGGUUCAGAAGUGGCUUGACCUGGGGAAUGCGGCACCUGUUUCUACUCCAGACUCAGUCCGCUGCUUCCGCAGGUCCCCCAAGGUCUGGAAUAGGGCCUUCUCCACAAUCUUCCUCAGGGACCGGUCACCUCAUCUCGUUGUGCAGCGUUUUCUGCCACACUUUUUCCUUCCCACAGACUUCCCACUGAGGUGCCUUGAUACAGCACUCUGGGAACAGCCUAUUCGUUCAGAAAUUUCUUUCUGUGUCUUACCCUCUUGCUUGAGGGUGUCAAUGAUGGCCUUCUGGACAGCAGUCAGGUCGGCAGUCUUACCCAUGAUUGCGGUUUUGAGUAAUGAACCAGGCUGGGAGUUUUUAAAAGCCUCAGGAAUCUUUUGCAGGUGUUUAGAGUUAAUUCGUUGAUUCAGAUGAUUAAGUUAAUAGCUCGUUUACAGAACCUUUUCAUGAUAUGCUAAUUUUGUGAGAUAGGAAUUUUGGGUUUUCAUGAGCUGUAUGCCAAAAUCAUCAGUAUUGAAACAAUAAAAGACCUGAAAUAUUUCAGUUGGUGUGCAAUGAAUCUAAAAUAUAUGAAAGUUUAAUUUUUAUCAUUACAUUAUGGAAACGAAUUAACUUUAUCACAAUAUGCUAAUUUUUUGAGAAGGACCUGUAAAGCCUGUGGAGCAGUGGAACAAGCCAACAGGUUCCUAGUACAGUUGGAGGGUUUCUGAUGCCUGAAUAUGAACUGAACCCUUUUAGGGUUUAUUAAAAAAGAACUGAGCUGAAAGACUGACAUUGAGCUAUUAAAACCUGUUGUUAUUAGUGAAUGUAAAUAGAUCCUUUCAGUUCUGUCCUUGUGUGUGCUGAAAUCUGUUUAAAUAAAAAAAAUCACAAACAUUUUUA